AUGGCGGCGCGAAAUUUAAUUUUUUCAACUUAAAAUAUGAUUAAAAUUAAAAGCAAUGUAAAACAGAGUUUCACGUACGUUUAAAGUAAUAACUGGAAUAACGUAGAUUAAAUAAAGUACCGGUAAGCAGGCAAUGGCUGAUAAUGGAAGAGUCUUAAUUCAUGCUACAGUAACUGGUAUCAGAGAUAAUGAGAUUCUUUAUCCAAGCUGUACACAGUGCUACUCUAAAAUGCAGCAAGAAGAAUAUGAAAAAGAUUGGUUCUGUUUUAAAUGUGAUAUCUUCUGUGAUGAAAUAAAAGUAUCUUGGCGGUAUCGUCUUUCUCUGACUGUUGCAGAUAAAAAUUGUUUGACAGAGAUUGCACUAUUUGGAAAAACUUUGGAACCAUAUUUUGGAACUACAGCCAACAAAUUUCACAGAAUUCUUGAAAAACUUGAUGAAGAUAAUCUACUAGAAAAAACUAUGCUUAUGUCCGCUUUAGAAGAUACGUUUCUUGGUCAUAGUUUUCAUUUUGGAAUCAAAUCUAAUGCUAGACUCACCGAAUUACAAAAAUUCCAUUCACUUUCUUCUCCAAUCUCAGUUUCAACUGUUUCUAAAAUAAAGCAUGGAGAUGAAGCAAGUCAGCAAUUUAAAUCUGAUUUAGUGGCAGUGCAGAUUAUCUCCCCUGCUAAUGUAUCAUUCAACUGUAAUACAGUUCUUUAUAACCUUUAUAAAUACACAGAUAUUUAUAGUGAAAACUCAGAGACAGAUAGAGAAAAUCCUUCAAGUUUGGAGGAGAAAAUUGAUAGGACAAACUGUAGUUACCUCCCUUGUAAUAUCACAAACCUAACAAUAAACUCCCCAAACAGAUGUCCUCAAAAUUCCAUUGAAUUCAGUUAUGAUAAAUCUGUACAAAGUACUAAUAGUGUGAUAGAAUUUAAUAACAGUGAUCUUUCAUUAUCGAAAACAUCUCAUGUGACUUUAGAAACUGUUUCAAAUAAUGUGAAAUCUUUUAAUUGCGAUUGUAGUGAACAUUCCGUUGAAAUUUUACGAACUGUUGACCUUAGUGGCAGUAUUUCUGAUAUCCCAGAAGCAUGCAACUCAUCAAUUAAAAUGAAUGUUUCAACUCAUAAAGAUUUACAAAAUUUUAAUCAAUUAAGAAAUGUGGAAAAUUGUACAGCUUUAUUCCAAACUGAAGAAACAUGUGAUACAUUAAGUGACUGUGAUGUUAUAAAACAACUGGAAAUAGUCGAGAUGGACUUGUUAUAUAAUAAUCUAUCUCUUUCAGAUUGGGAAAAUUCCAGAAAUAUUUCAGAUCAUCCAAUGAUAACAGUGACUCAGGUGGACAAGUUGAACACGUCCGAUCUUCAUUCGCCAAUAAACGAUACAAAUGUUGUGAUAGACCCUUUACAACAUCAAAUUUUAGAUUUACCCGAGUCUGAAAACUUGGAUGACUUUUUGUGUAGUUAUUCAGAUUCUACUAGCAAUGAAAGUAAGCUUUCUACCACUAACAAAUUUAUGCCGGAAGUAUACAGUGGUGCACAACACAUAGAAAAUCAAACUAAAAACAUUCCUGGAAAUUCCAGUAGUGAAAUAAAAACAUAUAAUUCACAUGAUCUGACAAAGGUAAAAAGUUUGACAAAACAUGAAAUCCUGCAACAGGACAUAAAUCAUACAGAAAAAAAUGAACAAAUUAAAGACUUAAGUGAGCUCGACAAACUAGAGUGUGAAUACUUAGAUAUGUUUUUAUCUGAUGACAAAUUUGAGUCACAGAUAUUUGAAGGGCUUGUAGAGAAAGAAAGCGCAGCAGAAAUUACGAAUCAAAAUCUAAAGGAGGUAACCAAACAAUUAAGUGAUGUGGAGUUUCGCGAAUUCAAAAAUUUUGAAACGUUUUGGGCUGAUGAAACAUUUAAUUCACAGAUAUUGAAUCAAUUGGAGAAGCAGGAAAGGCUACAAGAUUUUAGAACUAAAAUGAAUCAAAAUCUUAAAGAUGUAACAAAACAAUCAAAAGCUGUGGACUUUCUGGAAAUGGAAAAUAUAGAUAUGUUUUUAUCUGAUGAAACAUUUAAGUCACAAAUAUUGAAUCAAUUCAAGCAGGAAAUUCCACAAGAUAUUAGAAUAGAAACAAAGAAUCAAACUCUCAAGGAUAAAGUAAAACAAACAAAAGCUGUGGACUUUCUGGAAUCUGAAAAUUUAGAUAUAUUUUUAUCUGAUGAACCAUUUAAGUCACAAAUAUUGAAUCUAGGAAAGCAUGUAAGUCUGCAAGAUGUUCGAAUGGAAUCAAAGAAUCAAAAUCUCAAGGAUAUAGCAAAACAAACAAAAGCUGAGGACUUUCGUAAGUCUGAAAAUUUAGAUAUAUUUUUAUCUGAUGAAAUAUUUAUGACACAUGUUUUGAAUCUAGGAAAGCAGGAGAGUCAACAGGAUUUCAGAACUAAAACGAAGCAAAAUCUCAUGGAUAUAGCAAAACAAUCAAAAGCUGUGGACUUUCUUGAAUCAGAAAAUCAAACAGAAACAAAGAAUCAAAAUCGCAAAUCUCUAACCAAACAAACGAAAGAUGCAGACUUUCCUGAAUCUGAAAAUUUAGAAAUCUUUCUCUCCAGCUAUCAUUGUGAUUCCAUUGUUGAUUCCGAGAAAAAUGGAAACAUACAAACUAAAAAUGUGAAUUUAGAAGAAUUGACUAAACCACAAACUGAUAAAUUUGACUUGAAUGUAUUUGAAACUGAAACAGAGGAUUUAUUUUCUGAUUCGUACACUGUUGAUGGUUAUGGUGUUUCUCGUGAAACUAGUUCCAAUCCUCAACAUAAAACUGUGGGUUAUGACACGAAACAUGUGAUAAAAAGAGACAGUAUUUGUGAUAAUUCAAAUGUGUCAGAAACAGAAAUGUUUAAUUCAUUCAUGACUUACAGUUCUUCAUUUUCAGAAAAUGUUGGUAACUUCAUAAACAAUAGUUCUUUAUUAUCCACAAGUAAACCUCAAAGUAAUAGUUUGUUUGACUCUCAAAAUGGUUCUGUUGAUUUAUUCAGUUCUUUUUCAUCUGUAGAAGACAGCAAAGACUAUUCCAUUUCUGAUGUUGCAAAACCAAAACCAGAUGCACCAAAUACCAUUCAAAACUCUUAUUUAGAGCUAUCAAAAUUAUAUCCUUUGAAACAAAUUGUUUCUGAAACAGUGCUACCGAAAAGAGUGCAGUUUGCAAGAAGGCUGAGUUCAGUUCGAAACCUACAACUUGUUGAUAUUAGACUAAAUAUGCGUCAGACAUCCAGUCCAUUUUCUGAAGACUUUCAACUAAAAUCAUGUUUGCGAAAAAAGAGUGUUGAAAAUUUAGAUCUGUCUCUUUUUUCACAGGAUCUCUUUUCUCCAAGCCCAAUUAGAACUCCAUUUUCUAGGAAGACAAAAUAUAAACUUCCUGUCGUUAGUGAAUAUAAGAAUACUGCUACAGAUAAUCAGCCAGUUGAAACUCCUUUAAAACAUAGACCUAUUCAAUCAUUAUUACAUUCUGAUGUUUCUCCUUGCAGUCAUAAUCAAACUCAACACCCAAAUUUUCAGUAUUCCCCAGAUUUAUUCAGUCCAUAGUGAUAUGUUUCCUUGACAGUCGAGCUCCUAAAUAUAUAGUCGAUGAUUGUAAAAUUUAUUUAAACUACUGGUGAAAAUAUAUUUGAUACCAAAACUAUUAUAUCCUAAAAGACACUUCAAGCCAGGCAUAUUUUCUAUAUUACAAAUACUGUCACAGAUGUCAUUAUAAAUGAUGUAUCACCCUAGUUGUCAUAUAUGUCCCGAGUGAAAGCGGACAUUAAACCUAUUCACAGAUGACUGGAUGAGCCAACUAUUAAUGAACAGAGUUACGAUGUCCAAAAACUGGCAAACAGUGUUGGCUUAUUAUGUAAUUUAGGUAUAAUUUCCUUUGUCUUCAGAAACACCAUUUUUUCAUACUUUAUUUGGUUAAAUAUAUGACCCAAUUAUGCUUAAAGUAAUAUUUCUUUAAGUUAGAUAUUUGUAAUGAAAUAAUAUCUACUUUCUAUAUAAUCUUCCCAUAUUUUUAUUUAUAUGAAUUUUGUAAAUGUUUAAUUACGCUACAGAUAUUUGUACAAAGCACGGGCUGAUUUUUAAGCAUACCAGUACAUGUACACAUGUAUACCUAUGGAAGUUAUUUUUAUUACACUGUGUUGUUUAAUUGAACUUAAUUUUGUUUUAUAUGAAAAAAUAAGCGAUCAGAAAACAAUCUUUGCAAAAUAAUUUUUUACCAGAUUUUGUUCAACCCCCUAUUUCAUUUAGGUAUCAAAAUUACAGCGUAAUAUAUUUAAAUCUUUCGCUGAUUUGUGAACUGAAAUCAAUUUUGUUCGGUG